GCGGCGUCGGGUGCACUCGGCCUCGCCCGCGGCCCUCCAGCCCCCGGCUCUCGCUCGCUGAGCGCUCAGUGCGCCGCCGCCUCCGCCGCCUCCGCCUCCGCCGCCGCCGCCGCGCCUCCGUUCGCUGACUCGGAGAUUGCCGAAGAUGGCGGAAGCUCACCAAGCCGUGGCCUUCCAGUUCACUGUCACCCCAGACGGUAUCGACCUGCGGCUGAGCCAUGAAGCUCUUAAGCAAAUCUAUCUGUCUGGACUACAUUCCUGGAAGAAGAAGUUCAUCAGAUUCAAGAAUGGCAUCAUCACUGGCGUGUACCCGGCGAGCCCCUCCAGUUGGCUCAUCGUGGUGGUGGGUGUGAUGUCAACCAUGUAUGCCAAGAUCGACCCCUCGCUGGGAAUAAUUGCAAAAAUCAAUCGGACCCUUGACACUACGGGCUACAUGUCCAGCCAGACAAAGAACGUGGUCAGCGGCAUCCUCUUCGGCACGGGCCUGUGGGUGGCCCUCAUCAUCACCAUGCGCUACUCCCUCAAAGUGCUGCUCUCGUACCACGGCUGGAUGUUCGCCCAGCAUGGCAAGAUGAGCCGCGCCACCAAGAUCUGGAUGGGUAUGGUCAAGAUCUUUUCCGGCCGAAAACCUAUGUUAUACAGCUUCCAGACGUCACUGCCACGCCUGCCAGUCCCGGCCGUUCAGGACACCGUGAACAGGUAUCUGGAAUCGGUGAAGCCUCUGAUGAAGGAAUCAGACUUUAAACGGAUGACGGUCCUUGCUCAAGAUUUUGCUGUCAGCCUCGGACCCAAGUUGCAGUGGUAUCUGAAGUUAAAGUCCUGGUGGGCCACAAACUAUGUGAGCGACUGGUGGGAAGAGUACAUCUACCUGCGGGGACGAGGGCCACUGAUGGUGAACAGCAACUACUAUGCCAUGGACUUGCUGUACGUCUUACCCACUUCGAUUCAGGCAGCGAGAGCGGGCAACGCCAUCCAUGCCAUUCUGCUCUAUAGACGGAGGCUGGACCGGGAAGAGAUCAAGCCGAUUCUUCUUUUGGGAUCCACAGUUCCUCUGUGCUCUGCUCAGUGGGAGCGAAUGUUUAAUACCUCGCGGAUCCCAGGAGAGGAGACGGACACCAUCCAGCACAUCAGAGAUAGCAAGCACAUCGUCGUGUUCCACAAAGGGCGGUACUUCAAGGUCUGGCUCUACCACGACGGCCGGCUCUUGAAGCCCCGGGAAAUUGAGCAGCAGAUGCAGAGGAUUCUGGACGACCCGUCGGAGCCUCAGCCUGGGGAGGCCAAGCUGGCGGCCCUCACUGCGGGAGAAAGAGUACCCUGGGCCAAGUGUCGCCAAGCCUAUUUUGGACGUGGGAAAAACAAGCAGUCCCUUGAUGCUGUGGAAAAAGCAGCAUUUUUCGUGACACUAGACGAAACAGAACAAGGGUAUAGGAAGGAAGACCCAGAUGCAUCGAUGGAUAGCUAUGCCAAGUCUCUCCUUCAUGGCAGGUGUUUUGACAGGUGGUUCGAUAAGUCUUUCACGUUCAUUGUCUUCAAAAAUGGGAAGAUGGGCAUGAACGCAGAGCACUCCUGGGCUGAUGCGCCCAUUGUCGGGCACCUGUGGGAGUACGUCCUGGCCACUGACUGCUUUCAGCUGAGCUAUGCAGAGGACGGCCACUGCAAGGGCGACCCCAACCCGAACAUUCCAUACCCCACCCGGCUGCAGUGGGACAUCCCAGAGGAAUGUCAAGAGGUGAUAGAGACUGCCCUGAGCAGUGCAACCCUGCUGGCGAACGAUGUGGAUUUCCAUUCUUUCCCUUUCCACACCUUUGGCAAAGGGCUGAUCAAGAAGUGCCGGACAAGCCCGGAUGCCUUUGUCCAGCUUGCUCUCCAGCUGGCACACUACAAGGACAUGGGCAAAUUUUGCCUCACGUACGAGGCCUCCAUGACCCGGCUCUUCCGCGAAGGGAGGACGGAGACUGUGCGUUCCUGUACCACUGAGUCAUGCAACUUUGUGCUCGCCAUGGUGGACCCCACCCAGACGGUGGAGCAGAGACUCAAGUUGUUCCAGAUUGCAUCCGAGAAGCAUCAACAUCUGUACCGCCUCGCCAUGACUGGCUCUGGGAUCGACCGCCACCUCUUCUGUCUUUAUGUGGUUUCCAAAUACCUGGCCGUCGAUUCCCCCUUCCUGAAGGAAGUCUUAUCAGAGCCUUGGAGAUUAUCGACCAGCCAAACUCCUCAGCAGCAGGUGGAGCUGUUUGAUUUGGAGAGGAAUCCGGAAUAUGUGUCCAGCGGAGGGGGCUUUGGGCCGGUUGCUGACGAUGGUUAUGGUGUAUCGUACAUCCUUGUGGGAGAGAACCUCAUCAAUUUCCAUAUAUCUUCUAAGUUCUCCAGCCCUGAGACCGACUCGCAUCGCUUCGGGAAGUACCUGAAACAGGCCAUGAGUGACAUCAUCAGUUUAUUUGGGUUCAGCUCCAACUCCAAAAAAUAAUUCCAUUAGAGCCGCCGUGAAGGAAAACGAGCUCUUCGGAUAAAAACCAAAUGAAAAAUAGCUGUGGAUCCUGAUCGUAGUUCAGGAUGAAAAAUUGCUCUACAAAACUCAGAAGUUUUCCUUCCAAGGGUUUGAUGUUUUUCUUUGUAUAGAACAGUAGGUCUCAACCAUGUGAAGUAAAACUCCACUACUUCCUGGCAAGUCCUGACUUUGAGAAAGUUUGAUAAAAUCCCCUCCCCCCAACCCCCCCCCCCCCCCGAAAGCUUUUGCAUCUUCCUGGGCUUCCUGAGGGACGAAAAUAUGAUUGAGCUAAUUAAGGGAGUAGUGGGGUUGUGACUUCACACAUUGGAAAUGCGAGUGGCACGUUUCCUUGGUGGUGACCAAAUACCUGGUACUUAAACGGGCAUUUACUUUAACCGGAGCUUGUUUUGUUCAGAGAGGAAAGCAUCUGAGCUUUGGAGAUGGGGACCUUUCGUAGCUGAUGCAUAUAUAAUGCACUAACUGAAACGCUGUGCUUUUGGAAACAGUUUUUGUUGCUGUGGGUAACCCUGUCCUCAUUUGCCUCUCCGUGCUUUGAAGCAAGUAGUAUGCCACACAUGUUUAGUUUUACUGACUGAGCAAGUUGUCAAAACCCAGUGCCUUAACAAUGCAGGGCCCUAAGUGAAAGGGAGACCGUGGGGAAGAUUUACUGUGUCGGGUCUGCAGGUAGAAUCAUGAGUGUCUUACUCCCUUCCAAGUUUAUGGAGUGGGUGACCUGAAAAAGUGUUUCCUAUGGUUUCCUUCCCCCUAGAAAGACCAGUUCCCUCCUGAGGGCAGCUGGCCUGGAUCCCCCCCAGUCAGACCACCUUCUUCGUAUCAUUAAGCAACAAAAGAAAAGUGUGUGUGUGUGUGUGUGUGUGUGUGUAUACACACAUGUAUGUGUGUGAGAAAUGGGGAGCAAGGGAUGUUGUGGUUAAAUGUGAGGUGUCUGGAGCAGUUGCUGCAGAAUGAAGGGUAAGCUGUGCCUCAGGACUGCUGCUUAUCCAGGCUGACAGCAAGGAGGGCAUGACGUUUACCACUGAUGAAGGAACAAAGCUUGAGAAAUAGAAAUAACCUCAGAAUGGUCAGGAGAGUGCAGUGCCAGCAGGCCCUGGGAGUGCUUCCCAGUCCCACCUGGCAAGAGAGAACCACGUUCCUUCCCAGAAGAGAUGGAGGUAGAUGGACAUGGUAGGCCACAUCAUCUCGGUGACUGAUGAAGAUGCUGUGGGUGACAGGUGCUAGGUUGAACACAGUCUGCCCUUUAGAUGGGUGUGCCUUUAUUGAAAGUGUCUGAGUGACCAAAAAGCAAUUAUGCACUGAAUUGUCUUCAGUAUUUAAUGUAAAAAUAAAGCAUCAUGGAAUGAAAAGACCCACCACUGCCUCUGGGCUGUAAUGACAAGCUUAGCUGUCCAUUUUUAAAACUCUGUAUUUAUUUUUCUGACCACUUUGUUCUGAUGGGGUCGUGCACUCCAGUGAUACAAUGACCAGGCUGGGCUGUUGGAAGAGAGAGGGGCGCUUGCUGCAGAGCACAUGUGUUUUAUUUCCAUAUAUGUUGUCAUGUAAAAAUCCCACCUAAAUGGGCCAAAGAUUUUUUUUUUCUCUUAAAAGCAAGAAGGAAUGAAAACAGACAAAAAAGCUAAAAUGAAAACCAACAACUAUGCUAUCAACACCCCCCAGCCCCCAUUCAUCUGUGGUUCACAGUUAAGGAGGUUGUGGGGGGAGGAGCCCACUCUGCCCCAGGGCAGGCGUGGCUUCCAGUCAAAGCUGGAUCAGUCGCUGUCGGAGCCACAUCAAUCCUGUGCUAUUGACCACUGACCUUAGUGUUCACAUGUGAAUUCAAACGUUGACGUGUAGCACUUAAACAUAUUUGGGCUUGUUUCUCAGGUUUAAAUAUUUCAAAUGUAAUUAAUUGUUUUAACCAGUGCAGUUAUCAAUGCAAUUUUAUAUUUCCUAAAAGAAGGAAGAGUGGGUUUUUAUUGUACAUGUUGAAAAGAAGAGGGAAGAGUAUUAUGUAUUUAAUUUAAUUUGGAAUAAGCCAUAGUCUUAAAGAGCUGUGGUUUGAAUUUGUUAUCUUGGGCUGUCCACUGCAUGUAGAUACAAUAUGCUCUUUUGGAUGUAAAUCUGAGAACUGCAGUAUGAAUGUUAUCAUUAAUAAAACAUUAAUCCCA